AUGCCCUUGCCUUCGAACAGUUCUUCGAGUACAAAAGCAAGCCGAAGCCGGCCACUCCACACAGAUUGGAACACUAACCCCGAAUUUUUCCGAUAUACGAGAGGCCGCUUCAUCGUAAACGAAGCUCAUGAGAUGGCUAUCCGACAUGUCCCUUUCAACAUGAAUGAAUUGGCCAAGCGUGCGGCCGAGUCCGUUGGCUCGACGCCCACCGAAUGCGCCCGGGUCGAAAAGUUCCCCGACGGGAUGUUCAACAAGGCGUUUCUGUUCACCAUGCAAGAUGGUACGCAAGUGGUGGGAAAGAUUCCUAACCCUAACGCGGGGCGGGCUCAUCAUACCACCGCCAGUGAAGUGGCCACCAUGGAUUUUGUCCGAAAUCAUCUAGAGACCCCGGUACCCAGAGUGCUGGAUUGGAGCUCCAAAGCAAACGAGAAUCCCAUCUGGCCCAGUUUAGACAUCAGGGACAGAUUUGAAGUCGCAAAGUCAACCUCCAAGUAUCAAAGGGCCUGGAUGUCCGCAUCAUUCACCCAAUAUGGAAGGCAUCGCUUUGCUGUCGGUCCAUCCACAGGGAACAGUGUUGAACAAUACAAGUUAGCAGUUGGACAUCGCGAGAUCGCCUGUGUACAGAACAUGGCUCAGCUACCCCAACCGCCUCUGGCCCUCUAUGGUCCCGGCACAUAUCGCCCUUCUCGUGCGAAAAAGAUUGCCGCUCUCUACCUGCGUGUAGUCAAGUAUCUUUUACCUUUGGACAACUCGAUAUCGUCUGCUUUCUUGUGGCAUCCCGACCUCCACAGUGAGAAUAUCUUUGUACACCCUGAACGGCCAUCAGAGGUAACGGCGAUUAUCGAUUGGCAGCCGUACUUUCUUGAUUAUGAUGGUCCGUCUGUGACCGGUUUGGAUCCGCCCACCUUCCCGGAGAACUUUGAUCAACUUGAUCCAGCAGAGCAAGCGGCAGCCAAGCGUUUGUACCUGAACAUGUCGCUCACUGCGUUGCAUCGACGGUUCACGUGUGCGAAGAACGAACGACUAUUCCGAGCCAUGGAGUUCCGACAGACCCCCAGUUUCGAGAUGAUGUUGUUGGCUCAGAAUAUCCUUGUCGACGGAGAGGCGCUUUAUCAAGCUAGGAUGCUGGAGUUAGAAGAGGAAUGGCCAACUCUGCCGGGCGUCCAGGCUGCUGGAAACCCACCGCUCCCGUUCCAGUUUUCCGCAGGCGAGGCUCUGAAUGCCAUGGAGUUAAUGCGGAGUUUGAGACAAUCGAUGGGUGAGUUGUGGCCUGAGAAAGGGGUCGUCGCACCGGGCCAGUAUGAUCAGGUGAAAACGCUUCUGAACCAAGCCAAGGCCGAGAUCGUGGGUCCACUCGCCCUCUCCGAAGAGGACAGAAUUGCAUGGGAAGAGUCAUGGCCGUAUCAUGGAUAA